AUGGGAUGCGGUACCGCCGUGGAGCAGCACCAGCAGCAAUCGUCCUCGUCGGCAGGAGCAACAGGAGCAGUGGACAAACCGCGAGGGCCAACAAUGGCACCGGCGGCGGCGGCAGCAACUCCGGUUGUGGUAGUGCGGCGAGCAGGAGCAGCAGCAGCAGGAGACGAUAGUUCCCCCACCGCCCACCAAAGCCUCAAGCGGACCCACAGUGCGCUGGUGAAAAUCCUCGAGUCCGCUCCCCUCACCAAAGGUGCUCCACCGGCUGCUGCGGCCGUGUCAACGCCGGCGGCGCUGGUGGCUCCCCCCACCCCGAAGCUAGACUUUUGCCCGUGGAAGAAGACGACCAUCGCCAAAGAGUGGCUCAGCGCCCAGGCGGCAGCGGUAGCGGCGGCAAAGGAUCCGUCCGUGACGCCGCCUCCCCAACAAACGGUCACGAUCGUGAUCGGCAAUCCUGUCACCAAGCGGGAACCAACCGUACCGUGUGCCAUCCGUGAGAAGAACGUCGUCGUCGAGGAGAGGACGAAACCCGCCACCGGCGAUGAUGCGAUGGAGGAGGACGAAGCGAUCGGAGAAGACGUCGCCGAGGAUCCGAUGGAGGAGGAGGAGGAGGAGGAGCAGGUGGAGCCGGCCCACCAUCGGGGGGUGGCCUGCUCACAGCACUCGAGCAGUAGCAGCAGCAGUGGGCUAAGUUCCGGCGGUAGUCGGAGUAGCCGCGAGUCGUCCCUGUCAUCGGCGGCCUCCCCGGAACCGAACAGUGCGGACGAGGAGGACGGCGAGGGGAGCAGUAGUAGUAGUGGUGGCUCGUCACCCUCGUCGGACGGGGGCUCCUGCACCUGCGCUUCGUCCGAUCACCUCAUCAACGAUCUCUGCCAGCAGUUCGAGGAGCAUCUCUGCGAAGAUCACGGUUUCUUCCGGCGGUCGAUCCAGCAGAAGAUCCAGUAUCGGCCGUGCACCAAGAACCAGCAGUGCAGCAUCCUGCGGAUAAACCGCAACCGGUGCCAGUACUGUCGGCUGAAGAAGUGCAUCGCCGUCGGCAUGAGCCGCGAUGCGGUCAGAUUUGGGCGUGUGCCGAAGCGGGAGAAGGCCCGGAUCCUGGCGGCGAUGCAGCAGAGCACGCAGAACCGGGGGAACCAGCGGGCGUUGGCCAGCGAGCUCGACGAUCAGCCCCGGCUGCUGGCGAGCGUGCUCCAGGCGCACGUCGAGACGUGCGAGUUCACGCGCGAAAAGGUGUCCGCCAUGCGGCAGCGGGCCCGCGACUGCCCCAGCUACUCCAUGCCCACCCUGGCCUGCCCACUGAACCCGGCGCCGGAGCUGCAGUCGGAGCAGGAGUUUAGCCAGCGGUUCGCGCACGUCAUACGCGGUGUGAUCGACUUCGCUGGGAUGAUCCCGGGCUUCCAGCUGCUGACGCAGGACGACAAGUUUACGCUGCUGAAGGCCGGCCUGUUCGAUGCGCUGUUCGUGCGGUUGAUCUGCAUGUUCGACACGGCGCUCAACUCGAUCAUCUGCCUGAACGGGCAGGUGAUGCGCCGGGACACGAUCCAGAACGGGGCGAACGCGCGCUUCCUGGUGGACUCGACGUUCAACUUUGCCGAGCGCAUGAACUCGAUGCAGCUGACGGACGCGGAGAUCGGGCUGUUCUGCGCGAUCGUGCUGAUCACGCCGGACCGGCCCGGACUGCGCAACGUCGAGCUGAUCGAGCGGAUGUACUCGAAGCUGAAGGCCUGCCUGCAGACGGUGGUCUCGCAGAACCGGCCGGACAAGCCGGAGUUCAUGCAGGAGCUGCUGCGCACGAUGCCGGACCUGCGCACGCUCAGCACGCUCCACACGGAGAAGCUGGUCGUGUUCCGGACCGAGCACAAGGAGCUGCUGCGCCAGCAGCAGAUGUGGUCCGCCGACGCCGGCGAGGCCGAGGGCGCGACGCAGCAGGCGGCGGGGGCCGGCAGCGCCGGGGCGGAGGCCAAGAGCCCGGCCAGCAGUACGGCGAGCGGGUGGAGCUGCGACGGCAAUCAGGUCGAGGUGGACCUGCUGAUCGCGGCCAAGAGCCCGAUGAGCUCCGUCUCGAGCACGGAGUCGACGUCCGAAACGUCCUCCUCGUCCGAGUACGGCCACCAUCACCUGCACCACCACCACCACCAUCACCUGCAGCACGGGGGCCUUUCAUCGGCCGCUGCAUCGGCCGCCCCACUCCUGGCGGCCACCCUUUCCGGCGGCAGCGGUGCGGCCUCCUGCCCCAUCAUCCGGCACCGGGCGAGCUCGGGCUCGUCGGCGGAGGACGAUCUGAUCGGGGGCACCGCGCAGCAUCUGGCCCAGAACGGCCUCACCAUCACCCCCGUAAUCCGCUCGAUCGGUUCCUCCUCCGCUUCGUCAUCCUCGGUGGCGGCGGUGGCGGCGGGGGCCGUGGCAGGCGCCACCACCACCACCACCACGACGCAUCACAUGUCGCGUUACCGCAAGCUCGACUCUCCCACCGAUUCCGGCAUCGAGUCGGGCAACGAGAAGCACGACAAUCCGCUACCUCACCUUUCGAUGGGCGCUGCCGGCACUCACCAACCUCACCACCACCAGCAGCAGCAGCAGCUAGGACCUCAUCACCACGGGUUGCUGCACCAUCACCACCACCACCACCACCAUCCGAAGCCGGCCGGUAGCGUCAGCAGUGGGUCCUCGUCCUGCUCCAGCCCUCGCUCAUCCCUCGAGGACCAAUCGCUGGAGGAUGGCGGUGUCGCUAAGCCUGCGGUGCAGGCCCCUCCGCCACCGUCUUCACGGCACGUGGUCAGCGUCGACAACAUGCCGGUCCUGAAGCGUGUCCUGCAGGCCCCUCCACUCUACGACACCAACAGCCUGAUGGACGAGGCGUACAAACCGCACAAGAAGUUCCGCGCCAUGCGGCACCGGGAGAGUGAAGCGGAAGCCGCCAUCGUAGUGGCCCCAUCCUCUUCCUCCUCCUCCUCGUCGGCGGCUGGAGCCUCCCGGCUAGAAACGAUCGCGACGUCAUCCGCCAUCGUGCUCCGUGCGUCAUCGUCCUCACCGAAGCCACCGGUGUCCUCCGUCUCCCCGUACCAUCAGGCGGCCGGGGCCUCGUCCCCGGCACCGCAGCAAUCGCAGCUGCACAUGCAUUUAACGCGGCCACAGCCCGCCGCGUCCCACCAUCACCACCAAAGCGGGCCACCGAGUGGCGGCGGCUUCCUCCAGCAAUCGACGGCGGCGGCGGUGGCCGUGGCCACCUCCCGGUGUAGUCCGCAGCUUCUGCAGGGCGGUGCCACCACUCCGCAGCCCCCUCCGUCGUCGCUCUCCAGCACCCACUCGGUGCUGGCCAAGUCGCUGAUGGAGGAACCGCGGAUGACGCCGGAGCAGAUGAAGCGCACGGACAUCAUCCACAACUACAUCAUGCGGGAGUCGGCCCACGAGCAGCAGCACCGCGGUGGUGGGGCCGCCGGUGGCCUGCUGGUGUGCGGUUCCGGUUCCUCCGGCACGACCUUCCAGCAUCGGGCUUCCCCGCACCUGACCGUGUCCGCGGUGUCGCCCUCGCCUUCCUCGUCCUCGUCCUCGUCCAGUUCGUCGUCCUCCGGCGGCGGAUGUCCGUUCGGUGCCGGCAAAUGGCCACCGAACGGCGGUGGCACCGCCAGCGUCAUCACGACGACCCGCGGCCAGCAGACCCCCUCACCGUCGCUGGCCAGCAGCCUCACACCGCCCGAUACCUCCUCGUCCUCGUCACCAUCGUCGGUCGCUUCGCCGUCCUCUUCGUCCUCGUCGUCCACGUCGUCGUCGUCGUCUUCGGGGGCCAGCAGCAGCAGCAGCAUCCGCUACUUCCAGUCGCCCCACUCGACGAUGGCGUCCUCUCCGUCACCCGGUUCACCCACCACCACCACCUCGGUGGUCGUGGUGCCCGUCCCACCGGCCGCCGCGUCAUCAUCCCCGCGGCUCCUCGAGCUGAAAGUGGAGAUCGCCGCCGGUGGUGUCACACCGACGGCAGCGGCUGAUCCCGCUGCGGCGCAGCCACUGAAUCUGUCCAAAAAGUCACCCUCGCCGGCUCCGGCCCAUCACGCAAUCGUUUCGGUUGUAAGGCCACCGAUCGGUGGUGGGGCCGUCGGUGCUUCACCUACCACGCCCUCCUCGGUGGUCGUGGUGGCCACCAGCAGCAGCAGCAGCAGCUCGGGCGGAAGUGACACGGCGGCGGUAGGGGCCGGUAGCAACAACCCGGCGCCGCAGCAGCAGCAGAUCCACAAAAUCCUGCUCGAGGCGUAA